AUGAUGUGUUAUCUCAUACUCGUUCAACGCUCUCGUGACUACAACCUCCCCUCCCUCCACCAACCCACACUUCCCUAUCUCCAUAACUGCCUCUUUUAUCUCCACCAACUAUCUCUCACUAUCUCUCCUCCUCCUUUGUCGCUACUUUCGUUUCAAUUACUCCACCCAACCCUCGCCUUCAUUCGUGAUUCUUCUUCUUCAUCUAAUUCUUCUUCUUCGUCUUCUUUUUCUUCUUUUUUUUUCUUCUUCUUCAAGAUUCUUCUCCUUUUUCUUUUUCUUCUUCAUGAUUCUACUUCUUCUUCGGCAGGAUUCUUCUUCUUCAGAAUUCUUCUCCUUCUUCUUCUUCCUCUUCUUCGUCAGGAUUCUUCUUCUUCAGGAUUCUUCUUCUUCUUCUUCUUCUUCUUCUUCUUCUUCUUCUUCUUCUUCUUCUUCAGGAUUCUUCUCCUUUUUCUCCUUCUUCAAGAUUCUUCUCCUUCUCCUUCUUCUUCGUCAGGAUUCUUCUUCUUCAGGAUUCUUCUUUUUCUUCUUCUUCUUCUUCUUCAGGAUUCUUCGUUUUUCUUCUUCUUCUUCUUCUUCUUCUUCUUCAGGAUUCUUCUCCUUUUUCUUCUUUUUUUUCUUCUUCUUCUUCAGGAUUUUUCUUAUUCAGGAUUAUUCUACUUCGUCAGGAUUCUUCUUCUUCAGGAUUCUACUGCUUUUUCUUCUUCUUCUUCUUUUUCUUCUUCUUCUUCUUCUUCUUCAGUAUUCUACUUUUCGCGUGCUUGCCGACUACAACCUACAACUCCACGUGGUGCGGCUACCCACUAA